UUCCAGCAAGCUGUUACAAACCACUGCUAAAAGUAAUACUUCAAAAACUGGUCCAGUUAAAAAGAAACCAUCGCCAACAUUACAAAAAAACGGAAGUUCACGGUCGAAUCGUCGAAAAAGACGUCGGAACAAACACCAGCAAAAUUCUUCCGAAUCGAAUUGUUCGCAACAGCAGGAAGAGGAGAUAGUAAAAGCUAACAAAAUGCCAGCCCGCUUUGCCGAAGACGUUAUCGCCGAUAACGAUCGGAGUGUUCCAUUAAGCAUUGGGGGACACUACAACCACCAUUCUGUAUUAAACGACGAUAUCGUAAUAACAGGUUUUUCUGGCAGACUCCCUGAAAGCUCUAGCAUUGAAGAGUUUAAACGUAAUCUCUAUGACGGUGUGGAUUUAGUCAAUGAUGAUCCGAGACGUUGGGAACGAGGUCUCUAUGGAUUACCCGAAAGGCUUGGAAAAAUUAAAGCAGAUGACUUGGAAGUACUCGAUCAACAAUUUUUUGGUGUUUCGGCAAAACAAGCUGAAUGCAUGGAUCCUCAAAUGCGGAUGCUACUGGAAUGUACAUACGAGGCAAUUAUUGAUGCUGGUAUUAACCCUGUGGAAUUACGUGGCACACGUACCGGAGUAUACAUUGGGGUGUCCAAUUCCGAAACCGAGGCCCAUUGGACUGAAAAUGCGGAUCGGGUAAAUGGAUAUGGUUUGACCGGAUGCGCGCGAGCUAUGUUUGCGAAUCGUAUUUCUUAUACAUUUGAUUUGAAAGGACCUAGUUUUGCAGUCGAUACCGCUUGUUCCAGUUCUUUGUAUGCUUUAUCUCAGGCCUUUUCGGAUAUGCGUUCAGGGAGAUGUGAUGCUGCCAUAGUGUGUGGUUCAAAUUUGAUUUUAAAACCCGAAAUGUCGUUACAAUUUAGGCGUCUAAAUAUGUUGAGUGAUGUUGGUAUGUGCAAAGCUUUCGACGAGACCGGAGCUGGUUACGUACGAUCCGAUGGUGUUGUAGUUAUGCUUUUACAACGAACAUCUUCGGCAAAGCGAGUUUACGCUUCAGUUCUGAAUGCACGUACGAACACUGAUGGAUUUAAGGAGCAAGGCAUAACUUAUCCCGAUGGACGUAUGCAAAACCGGUUGAUUCGUGAAACCUACGAAGAAAUAAACUUGGACCCUAAUGAAGUGAUUUAUGUGGAAGCUCACGGUACUGGAACUAAAGUCGGAGAUCCACAAGAAGUUAAUUCGAUUACAGAUUUCUUUUGCAAAAAUCGCAAAACUCCAUUAUUAAUUGGAUCUGUCAAAUCAAAUAUGGGACACUCAGAGCCCGCUUCCGGUGUUUGCUCCAUUGCCAAGAUUUUAAUUGCGAUGGAAGAAGGUGUAAUUCCAAGUAACCUGCAUUACAGUAAACCUAAUCCUGAUUUAUAUGGUUUGGUGGAUGGUCGCGUGAAAGUGGUCGACAAAAAUAUGCCCUGGAAUGGUGGUAUUAUUGGACUUAACUCAUUUGGCUUCGGAGGAGCUAAUGCACACAUUAUUCUUAGAUCAAAUCCUAAACCAAAAACCAUUACUCCUCGUGAUGGUCCUCCAAAACUUGUUAUUAGUUCUGGUCGAACAAUGGAUGCUGUACAAGACCUGCUUGAAGACGCUGCCACACACCGUGAUGAUGACGAGUACCUCGCCCUAAUCAACGGCAUACAUACCCAACCUAUUCCACUUCAUUACUAUCGUGGCUACGACGUUCUUACCAGCAAAGGCUCUGUACAACGUGAGGUUGUUGAGUUUUCUGAAGAAAAACGCCCCAUUUGGUUCGUUUAUUCUGGUAUGGGCAGUCAAUGGGGAAGUAUGGCUAAAGAUCUUCUACAAUUUGAUGUCUUCAGUAAGUCAAUUCAUAGAUGCGCUGAAAUUUUGCGUCCCGAAGGUAUUGAUCUACUUGAGAUACUUACACGAUCCACUGACGAAAAAUUCGGUGAUAUUGUUAGCUCAUUUGUAUCCAUCACAACCAUGCAAGUUGCUCUAACUGAACUGCUAUCUUCACUUGGUAUACACCCUGAGGGUAUAGUGGGGCACUCCGUUGGAGAGCUUGGAUGUGCGUAUGCAGAUGGUGGUUUAACGGCCGAUCAAGCAGUGUUGGCCACAUAUUGGCGAGGACGUGCAAUUAAGGAAUCAAACUUACCCAAAGGCAAGAUGGCUGCUGUGGGGUUGUCUUGGGAAGAUGCUCAUAAGCGUGUACCAACUGAUUGCUAUCCAGUUUGCCACAAUAAUCAAGAUAAUUGUACUAUAGCUGGUCCAGGGGACUCGAUUGAUGCCCUAGUAGCAAAAUUAAACGCGGAAGGAGUAUUCGCCAAGGCCGUUAGCUCAUCCGGCUUCGCUUUUCACAGCAAAUAUAUUGCAGGUGCAGCCCCAAAGCUAAGACAAAUGUUGGAGAAAAUUAUUCCUACCGCUAAAAAUCGCUCCCAACGGUGGAUAAGUAGCAGUAUCCCAGAAAGUGCUUGGAAUACUCCCGUUGCCAAGCAGUCAUCAGCGGCCUAUCAUGUAAACAAUAUGCUGUCUCCUGUGCUGUUCUAUGAAGCUCUGCAGCAUAUACCACCAAAGGCAAUUUGUAUCGAGAUAGCACCCCAUGGUUUGUUACAAGCCAUCCUUAAACGCGCUCUUGGACGUGAUGUUCUAAACAUUAGCCUUGUGAAACGUGGCCACCCAAAUAAUGCUGAAUUCCUUUUGGCUAAUAUUGGAAAGUUAUAUGGAGCUGGAGGUCAACCACAAAUACAAAAUUUAGUACGCCCAAUUUCUUACCCUGUAGGGCGUGGAACUCCAAUGCUGAAUUCGAAAAUCGGUUGGGAUCAUUCACAAAGAUGGCUAGUGCCAAAAUAUGGCGCAUCUAAGUCAUCAGGCGACACAGUAAUCGAAAUCGAUCUAUCAAGUGAAGAUGAUGCAUUCCUAGUAGGUCACACUAUUGACGGACGUAUUCUGUUCCCUGCAACUGGCUACAUGACUCUAGCAUGGAUGACAUUCGCAAAAAUGCGCGGAGUAGAGUUCAAUAAAGCAGAUGUAGUUAUGGAAGACUUGAUAUUCCAUCGUGCAGCUAUUUUAAACAAAGAAACUGUUACCAAAUUUGGUAUUAACUUCUUCGAUGGCACUGGUGCAUUUGAGAUUUGCGAAGGUGGAAGUUUAGCUAUGUCGGGCAAAAUAAAAAUAGUUGAUAACAUUACUCUAGAGGAAUUGCCAUUGAAAGCACUGUCACCUAAUACUGUUGCGCGGGAAUUAGUUGCAAGUGAUGUAUAUAAAGAAUUGCGUCUGCGUGGCUAUGAUUAUGGAGGCAUUUUUCGUGGAAUUGUCACGUCUGAUAUUUCUUCUCGUGUUGGUAACUUGCAGUGGGUGGACAAUUGGAUUAGUUUCAUGGACACGAUGUUGCAGUUUAGUAUUUUAAGUAAGGAUUUACGUGAACUCUACUUACCGACUCGUAUUGAAAAGGCGGUAAUUAACCCAAGCAAGCAUUUAGAAAUUUUAACACAAUUGGCAGCAGAGGAUCUCACAAACGUCGGCAUUCCCGUUUACAUGUAUAGCGAUAUUAAUGUUAUUAAAAGUGGCGGUGUUGAAUUACGAGGCCUUAAAGCUUCAUUAGCACAGAAACGACCAAAUGCGCAAAACGCUCCAACAUUAGAGCGCUACACCUUUAUACCCAAUUUCAAUCACGGAGAAUUACACGAGAAUUCAGGAAAGGCUGGAUCCCAUGCUCUUUCGGUCGCAGUUCAACUUGUUAUCGAAAACUCAGAGCGGUCAUUUAAAAUAAAAGGAGUGGAACUUGCCGGUGGCCGAAAUCCCGAUUCAUUAACGGCUGGAAAGCUCGUACAGUUGUUAGAAGGCGAACCCGCCAUUUCUGCUGACAUCGCUGUGGCUACUGCAAGCAAGGAUGAAGAAAGCAUUAAAACAUCUUUGAGCGACUUUGGCGUUCGAGUGAUUUCGAAAAAUAUAGCAAAAGAACCGGUUGAGCAGAACUGCCACUUCAUAUUUGGAACUGAUGUACUCUCUCGUCCUGAUACUGCGGUUUUGGAGAACAGCAUUUCUAGUAUCAAAGAGAAUGGAUUUUUAAUUUUCGAUGAAAGCGUUAAUUUAUAUCAAAAGUCUGGUUCUGGAGUUCUGUCCAAAUACGGCUUUGUUGUUGUUCAAGAGUUAUAUAAAGGCGAUUCUAGAACUCUCAUCGUGGCCAGACGUGCCGUUGCCAUAAGCAAACGCAAAUCAGAAAUUAUUAAUGUAACCGAGAAAAAUUUUGACUGGUUAGAGGACUUGAAACUCGCACUUGCAAAGGCAGCUGAAGAGGAGAAGUAUAUUUAUAUUGUGAGCCAAGGGGAGGAACUUUUUGGUGCUGUUGGCUUAACUACAUGCCUUACAUACGAGAAUGGCGGUAAAUUUGUCAGAACCAUAUUCAUUCAGGACUCGAAUGCCGAAAAGUUCUCUUUGACUUCGCCAUUUUAUCAAGAACAAUUGGUUAAAGAUUUGACUUCUAAUGUACUUAAAAAUGGUAGCUGGGGAACGUUCAGGCAUUUGAAAUUGGAGAAAGAUAUAGCCACAUUGCAGGUGGAGCACGCUUAUGUGAAUGCCCUGGUAAAAGGUGACCUUGCAUCUUUAAAAUGGAUUGAAGCAUCGCCAUCUCAAAAUGUCAAAAGUGAUGACCUAGAAUUGUGUUCAGUUUAUUAUGCUCCUAUAAACUUCCGUGAUGUUAUGUUAUCUUCUGGUAAAUUAUCCGCUGAUGCCCUUCCUGGUGAUUUGGCCCAGCAGGACUGUGUGCUUGGUUUGGAAUUUUCGGGACGCGAUUCUUCUGGUAAACGCGUUAUGGCUAUGGUACCUGCGAAAUCAUUGGCAACAACAUGUUUGGCUAGUAAGCAUAUGAUGUGGGAGAUCCCGUCAACUUGGACCAUGGAAGAAGCUUCUACUGUACCUUGUGUAUAUUCGACGGUUUACUAUGCCUUGGUUGUACGGGGAGAAAUGAAGAAGGGUGAAAAGAUUUUGAUUCAUGCUGGUUCGGGUGGUGUAGGCCAAGCCGCUAUUUCUGUUGCGCUGGAUCAUGGCUUGACUGUGUUUACUACUGUUGGUAGUAAAGAGAAACGCGAUUUCUUAAAGCAACGAUUCCCGCAGCUAGAAGAACGAUUAAUCGGAAACUCACGUGACACAUCUUUCGAGCAAUUGAUUAUGAGUGAGACCCAAGGCAAAGGUGUUGACUUAGUGCUUAAUUCACUUUCUGAAGAAAAGCUACAAGCCUCUGUUCGUUGUUUGGGUAUUAAUGGACGCUUCUUGGAGAUUGGAAAGUUCGAUUUGAGCAAUAACAGUCCACUUGGCAUGUCGGUAUUCUUGAAAAACACAUCAUUCCAUGGUAUUCUAUUGGAUAGUGUAAUGGAAGGAGAAGAGCAAAUGCAAAAACGAGUUGUCUCCUUAGUUGCUGAAGGCAUUAAAAGUGGUGCAGUGCGUCCUCUACCCACAUCAGUUUUUAAUGAAUUCCAAGUUGAACAGGCUUUCCGUUUUAUGGCUUCUGGAAAGCACAUCGGCAAAGUUGUUAUUAAAGUGCGUGAUGAAGAACCCGGAAAGAAUAUAUUAAAACCGACCGCGCGCUUAGUAAACGCUAUUCCACGCACAUAUAUGCAUCCAGAAAAGAGUUAUAUACUUGUGGGAGGUCUAGGGGGUUUCGGUUUGGAACUUACUCACUGGAUGGUGCUACGCGGAGCUCGAUACAUUAUUCUCACUUCGAGAUCCGGCAUUAAAACUGGUUACCAGACGCUUAUGAUACGCCGCUGGGAAGAGCGAGGUGUAAAAGUAGUUGUGGAUACCAAUGACGUAACUACAUCUGAAGGUUGCAAGAAAUUAUUGCAAAAUGCAAAUAAGUUGGCACUAGUCGGAGGAAUAUUCAAUUUGGCCGCAGUAUUACGCGAUGCUCUAAUUGAGGAUCAGAGUGCUCAAGAUUAUCAGACUGUCUGCAAACCUAAAGUAGAUGGUUCAAAAUUCCUUGAUCAGCACUCACGUACACUUUGCCCUGAAUUAGACUACUUCGUGUGUUUCUCGAGUGUUUCAUGUGGUCGCGGUAACGUUGGCCAAUCAAAUUAUGGCCUGGCGAACUCAGCUAUGGAACGAAUCUGCGAGAAACGCAGAGUCAACGGACUGCCUGGUUUGGCUAUACAAUGGGGUGCCAUUGGUGAUACAGGUCUCGUACUUGAGGGGUUGGGUGACAACGAUACUGUUAUUGGUGGCACGCUACCACAACGUAUGAACUCGUGUCUUCAAACCAUUGAUUUAUUCCUUCAACAACUACAUCCCGUUCUGGCGUCAAUGGUUGUGGCAGAGAAGCGAAGCAGUGAUCCAUCUGGCAUCAGUUUAGUAGCAGCCAUAGCCAAUAUUUUGGGAUUGCGUGACGUAAAAAACGUACAGGAUGCGGCUUCCCUUGCUGACCUCGGUAUGGAUUCGUUGAUGAGUUCCGAAAUUAAACAGACAUUGGAGCGCUGCUUUGAUAUAGUUAUGUCGCCACAAGAAAUUCGAGCGCUAACAUUCGGUCAAUUAAAGCAACUGGACGGUGGCUCUGUUGAUAAGGUCGCUUCAGCACGCAGCUCACCUGCAACUCGUACUCCAACACCAAUUGGUGAUGGAACACAAGUUGUUUUUAUAACUGAGCUAAUGCCUUCGCAAGCUAUUAUCCGCUUGAAAUCUGCCGCACCAGAAGACUCGAAGGAUCGUCCAAUUUUCUUCAUUUCGCCUAUCGAAGGUUUUGUGGAUGCCAUGAAAGAGGUUGCGGAACGAUUAGAUUGCCCCGUAUAUGGACUGCAAUGCACAGCUGAUGCCGAUCUUAACUCGAUUGAGGAUUUAGCUAAAUUUUACAUUAAGCACAUACGUAAAGUUCAACCUAAGGGCCCUUAUGCCAUUGCUGGAUAUUCGUUUGGCGCAACGAUUGCUUUUGCUAUGGCUGUUGAACUGGAACAGAGCAAAGAGAAAACACAAUUAGUUUUAUUAGAUGGUGCGCCCAAAUAUGUAAACUGGUACUUGAAAACAUUCAAAAAGCGCCAUAAUACGUCUGAUAAUGACGACCAAAAUCAAGCAUUUGCUUUAGCAUACUUCGGUGUUGUUGCGGCUAACACAGGUUUUACUAUAUCGAAGCUGUUAGUAGAUAUUCCAACAUUUGAGGGCAAAGUAGAGAAAUGCGCGGAAAUAGUUUCUGCUGCAAUAGAAAAACCCAUAGAGUUGGUAAAAGCAGCUGCUGCAUCAUUCUACUACAAACUAGCUGCAUCUGACAAAUAUGCAGUAACGCGCAAAUUGCAGUGCGACGUUACAUUGAUUAAGCCAACUGAAAAUUAUUCGAAGUUGGAGGUGGACUACGGCUUAAGUGAAGUAUGUAACGGAAAAGUUGACGUCCUCGUCGUUGAAGGUAAUCAUCGUACAUUCCUGCUAGACGAAGAGCCUCUGCAAACAAUUGUAGCCUCAAUUAAGGACCUGCUAAAUUAAAACCAUAUUACAACUUUAACCAACACUUACUAAGUUACGCACGAGACAUUUCAUCAGUACACAAGAAUUAUACUGAAAGUUAUUGGCAUUUAAAAAAACACAAGUUAUUUUGUUUUCCUAGUGAAACUAAAUCAUUUCGUAACGCUAACGAAAUACAUGAAAAUCAUAAAUGGGUAACUUUUGUACAGGCAAGCCUACAUGUACUAUAGGUAUAUAGGCGUAAUCACAACUAUGCGUUGUUGCUUCUGUAUAAGCACUUCUGAGUUCAUAACUAAAUAAAGUACUUUGGUUAUUUUUGCAUUUUGGUAGACUCGAAUGGAUAAUAUAGCUUAAUGAAUUUUUAAUUUAUACAUGUAACAUAUAUUUCUGUAUUUAAACACUUUUUGAUGAUCCUAUAUUGUUAGUAAGAUCUAUGUUUAUCUACAACAUUCCUUAACGAAUACUAAUUGAUAACCUUCUUGAAUAGAAAUAAUUUUUUGUUGCAAAAAUAACAAGUACUUGCAUAUUAUUAUAUAAAAAUUAUUUACCUUUAAUAUCUGCUGAUAACUCAAAGUUCGGAGGCAACUGAAACAUCUUUAUGACUAGCAUGACUAAACUUUGUUAACACCCAUGCACAUGAAAUUUGAGCGAAUUUAAUGGAGAUCGACUUAUUCUUCCGAAUUUUGUUUUAAAGUCACAAUUAAGUAACACAUAAGUUGUGAAUUCUAAGAAAGCACCUUUAUAUCGCCGCGAAAGUAAAAAGUGUUCGAGUGUAUUGAGUCCACAAUGCUAUUGCGAAGAAUUUAACUAAUCCUCGAUAAUUUUCGAGUAGUAUUUCACUCCUAACUUAUCUCGAUGAACGUUAUGGCUUCAAGUACAUUCGAUAACCUUUUAUUUCCAGUAAUUUUAUGUAUGUACAAUAGUUAAUCCUAAUUCCUUUGUAAUUAAAUUUAUCAUAUAUUAAAUAUAUGCUACUUAAGUAUGGCGAAAAUAAAAAUACA